AAUUCAUUAAAUAUGUGGGGGUAAGGAAACGCCUAAAACUUGGUACGUUGAAAUAAAAUUUCCCCUCAAUUUUCCUUUUAUUAGAAGAACAAAAUUUUGGGGCAACAAAAUUGAUGGUGGUGGUGAUGAUGAUGAUGGAGGAGGAAGAACGCCUGAAACGCCUAAAACGCCAUGAGUUGAUCGAGGAGGAACGCAAGAAGUUGUUGAUCGAGGAGGUAUUUUUGAGGCUUCCACCGCCGUCGGUGGCUCGAUUCAAAUCCAUUUCCAAGUGGUGGCGACGAUAUCUGUCCGAACCACCGUUCGUGGAUAGAUAUGAGGCUAGAAAUCUCUCGGUUUUAGGGUUUUUCUACCAGACAAACUACAACAAGUUCGUUUUCAGAGCGAUCCCAUCCAAUCCCAGUCCCAAUCCCAAUGAUAAGAGUUCGCGUUCGAUUUCGAUUUCCACAGGCAAUCGCCUGCGAACCGGUUUUGAGGCCCAUAUUGGAGCAUCAGAUAACACCCUGCUAGUCAUUAACUCUUCCAAUGGACUACUCCUCCUCUACUCUUCAAUGCCUGUUCCUUGCUAUGAGGUUUAUAAUCCUACUACCGGUGAUAAAGUCUCUGUCCGAUUCUCUUACAAUUACGAAACCUUUGCCACACGGUAUAUGGUAUUUGGAUUUGCUUUUGAUCCUUAUUCUACCCAUCCCUGCUUCACUAUCGUCGACAUUGCAGAUACUGGAGCUCGUAAGUUUCGGGUUUUUUCUUAUUAUUCACUUCGCUCAUAUUGGAGGACAACCUAUCACAGGGUCCCCUCCUAUGUCAGAGACGACUAUGCACUAUCUGGUCGGUCCACCUUCUGUAGAGGGGCUUUGCAUUGGUUGUUGGAACCUUCGGGUGUCGUCUCCUUUGAUGUUCGCGCCAAUACCAUUUCAUUCUCCUUGAUUGACAUACCGGCCGAUGAGAAAUACUUAGAUGACGAUGGGUUGUGCAUAUGUGUUAAGAUGAUGAGGGAUGCUGGGUUAUAUUCCAACGGUUAUUGUAGUUGCCGUUAUUUGGGGGUAUCCAGAGACGACCUAAUAUACAUUCGAGUUACGGGUCAUUCUCAGUUGUCACUCUGGGCUCUCAACUGCGGUACAUGGUCUCAUACCAGUGUCAUUAAUGUUGGGAAUUUACCGGAAUCUCUCUUCUUGGGUUGCGUUUUAGAGUUCCACAAAAUGGAGACCCCUAUCCUAUACCUGAGGUUGAAAAGGAGGAUUUUUUCAUAUAGCCUCAUUGAUGGUGUGCUUCAAGAGCUUUUUAGAAUCACUAAAGAAUAUGGAGGAGGAGAGAAUUGCCUUGGCUUUAUCAUUCCCUAUCAACUGCCGAGAAUUUCCUUGUCCAUUCCCAGUUUUACUCCCCAAGAUUUACCCUCGAAUGACGUACUUUUUGCUUCCCUGUUCAAUGCUGUGAAGCAGUUGCAAGCGGAUCCUUUAGGUAAAACAAGGCUGCACAUGCACAGGAUUAUGGAGGCACUAAAGGCAGAUGAGUGGUUGGAUCAUAUGGUGAAGAGGUUUGAGAUGCUUGGCAUCGAGGACAAUGGGCUGAGAGUGAUCGUGGCAUCCUUCAGUUGA